AUGGAGUCGCAUAUCCAAAAUCAGCAGCCUGGUCACAACCACCAUGUGCAUUUCGGCCAUCAACCGCCGCCGCCGCCGCCGCCGUCGCUAAGCCCCCACCUUAAUCAACUGAUGCAUCUCCAAUUCACCGGCCACUUCGAUCACUACCAACAUCACCAGCCCCCGCAGCAACAACAGCGAACGCAAAUACCGAUGGCAUGCCCAUUCACCGCGGCGAGUAAUAUAGGAGUACCCGCUACCUACAGGCCUUCACCGCAAGGACAUUCCGCUAACAAACACAAAGAGCCUAUGAAGACAUAUAACCAUGAUCUCUUGGUCAUGGCAUCGCAUCCCGGCCAUCAGCCGCCGCCGCCGCCGCCACCGCAGCAGCAGCCCCCACAGCAACAUCUUUAUGGAAAUAGCGCCCAACCAGGGGGCCAAGUGGGCGGAAACACGGCGCGGAGUACACAAUGCGGCAAGGAUGGGGUCCUCACCAAGGACUGCCGACAAGACAACAACUUCGAAGAAAGAUUGUGCGCAUUAGUAAAGGCCGGUGUGAUCAGAUAUCUGGUGAAUUUCGUCAAUCAUUACGAGGAGUUCGAGAAAUUGGGCGAAUUGAUAGCGCGCAUUUUCAACGCUAUAUGUAGCGAAGAGAAAUUGAUAGAAAUUGUUGUUUAA